UAUGCUCUCAUUAGCACAACAGUGCUAACGAACGAACGAACAAUGCGUCUCUUAUCUCUUAUCAGUCUACUUUGCUUGGCCGCGGCCGUAAGCAGCCAAAGUCAUGACUUGUCUCUUGGUCAAGCAACUUACGGCGACGUGAUCGUCUACAAACUGAACGAGCACAAAUAUGGUUUCCCUUUCAUGGUGAGGACCAGUAUUAUUGAGUAUCCUGAGCCGGGGCAGCACAAUUUUGCCUAUAUUAAGGCGAUUUAUAUCAAGGACAACGAGAGAGAUGGCACCGGAGGUUACCCAACUAUUUCGGCUGGUGGUAUUGGGCAGCGUUUUGUGAAGAUCAAGCUUAAAAGCCAGAGAGGCUCAGGAAUGAAUUUCACGAUAACCAUCUAUGGAAGAUACUAGUCUUAUGUGCCAGGCCUAUUCAGUAUUAUUAGUGAUAUGUUCGUAUAAGUGAUAUUUUUGGUAAUAUAUCGAAAUUAUUUUUUUGUUAAAAAAUGUUAUAAAUUGGUUUACUUAAUUUAAAUAAAUUAUUUAUUAUUGUGUA